CGUACAUUUCUAAUCUAGACUCAUAUAGACCAGAGACAUCCAGUCCAGGACGGCUGCUGAAAGAAAGUAACAGACAAGGAAUGGAAGAGAGUGAUUAUGUGCCUCUUUUCGAAACGAAACCAGUCAGGGGACGUCUCCUCUACCGUCUGUACACUUGUUCAAUCUUUUUAGCUAUCUGCUCAAUCUUCUUCUACAGAGUGAGCUACUUUCCAGCGGACGGGGGAGCUCGAAGAAUAGCGUGGCUUGGAUUGUUUCUUUCAGAAAUUUGGUUCACUUGUUACUGGUGUAUCACAGUCAUCGUCAGAUGGAAUCCUGUUCAUCGUUACACUUUCAAAGACAGACUCUCUUGCAGGUACGAGAAGUUUUUACCUGGUGUAGACGUGUUUGUUUGCACGGCGGAUCCAACAAUAGAGCCGCCGGUUAUGGUGAUGAACACGGUUUUAUCAAUCAUGGCUUAUGAUUACCCGGCGGAGAAGCUGAGUGUGUAUUUAUCUGAUGACGGUGGGUCGGAUUUAACCUUCUACGCCUUGUUAGAAGCCUCGCUUUUUGCGAAGCAUUGGUUGCCGUUUUGCAGGAAAUUCGGCGUUGAACCGAGAUCACCGGAGGCUUAUUUUCAGACUGCAACUAGACCGGUUGAGGAUAACGAGUGGUGUUCAAUCAAGAGAUUAUAUGAAGACAUGAAGGAAAGAAUUGAAACCGCCACGAAACUCGGUCAAAUUCCAGAAGUAAUUCGAAAACAACACAAAGGAUUCCGCGAAUGGGACUUUGUUUCUAGUCGUCAUGAUCAUCAGACCAUUCUUCAAAUCCUGGUCGAUGGAAGAGACAGUGAGGCUGUUGAUGUUGAAGGUCAAGGUCUGCCGACUCUGGUGUACUUGGCGCGCGAGAAGCGGCCUGACUAUCACCAUAAUUUCAAAGCAGGAGCCAUGAACGCACUGAUGAGGGUGUCAUCAAUGAUAAGCAAUGGUGAAAUUAUUCUUAAUGUUGACUGUGACAUGUACUCGAACAAUUCGGAGAUUGUAAGAGAUGCUUUGUGCUUCUUCAUGGAUGAGAAGAAGGGAAAUGAGAUUGGUUUCCUACAGUAUCCUCAGGCAUUCUACAAUCUCACAGCUAAUGAUAUUUAUGCAAGUUCAUUGAGUGUAGAAAAUCUGGUGGAGCUUCCUGGGAUGGACGGAAAUGGAGGACCUUGCUACAUUGGUACUGGAUGCUUUCACAGGAGAGAAGCUCUUUGUGGGAAGAAAUACAGCAAGGACUAUAAGGUAGAUUGGAAGAGAGUAAAUCUCACAAAGAUUGAGAAUUGCAGAACAAGUUUCUCCGAAGAAACAUGCAAAGUUCUUGCAAGUUGCACCUACGAACACAACACAGUCUGGGGAAAAGAGAUGGGUCUAAAAUAUGGCUGUCCGGUGGAGGAUGUAAUCACAGGGUUAUCAGUACAAAGCAGAGGAUGGAGAUCAUUGUACUCCAUUCCCAAAAGACCUGGUUUCCUUGGUGUUGCACCUACAACAUUGUUGCAGUCAUUGGUACAACACAAGAGUGGGGUGAGGGUGAUUUACAGAUUUUUCUCUCACACUACUGUCCUUUCAUUUAUGGACAUAAAAAAAUCCCCCUCAAGCUGCAAAUUUCUACUGUAUUUACUUGCUCUGGCUGCAAAUUCCUGCCAACUUCUCUAUGUCACUGCUGCCGAUCUCUGCAACAUACCAUUCGAUCUUUUUGCUUUGCUGGUUUGCAUAUAA